GACGAUUCAUUUUCUUCCACUAUCUCCUUCUCGUUAGAAUUUAGAUUUCCUAUUUAACGGGACGUGUUUUCCGCGUUGACUAAUUUACCGGAAGCUACAAGUUAUGGAAUAGAUAUUGGUUAGAAAACCCACUAAAGAUGCUAGGUCAAGAUCGGUCUUUUUAUUAAUAAAAAAAGGAGGAUAUUGGUUUUAUCUAUGGAAACGAACUUCACCGUCAAAGUCAAACAUAUAAAUCAUUAUCGAACAAAAUCGAGAGUAAGAGGGCUACAAGUAGAACAUCGCCUGAUAAAUUCAAAAAAAAAAUAAAUAAAUAUUGUCAAGAUAGCGCGUACAAAAAAAAACAUAAGCCUAUUUAAAAAAAAUUAAAAGAGGUAAUGUCUACAUUCGAGUGUGGCGAUAACAUCGUCUUGGGGGACGGGGACGGAGCGCGGCGAACGGCGUUCCAGAAGACUUCUUCGAAAAGGAAUCCGGUGCCAUCAUGCAGAAGAUUUGCAACGCGGCAAAAUCACGUGCAACAGGACAACUUAGCGAGGGUCAAGCUAGAAGAAGCGCUUUCAACGCUUCAAAAAUCAGCGCCAUCGACCCCUUUGAAAGCAAAAUCGUCUUCAUCUGAACCAUUUCGGCACCGGAAGCGGUCCAAGACAAUGUCGGAAAUCACGCCGACAAAACGGAAGCCCAUCGACCCCAACCUGUCUGGCGACGGUCCGUCGCGACCACCACCUCCGAAGAGGGAAGAAGCGGCGCGUCGUGUUUAUCAACGGUUACUGUUAAACUCUUGGCGCCAGCGGAAGAUUCAAGUUAACACUCUUACUGAAUCGUCCGCCAAACUUCAAACUCAAGUAGACCAACUCCAAAUUCAAGUGGACGUUUUACAAAAGUUGCGCGAAUCCGAAGCUGGACGAAGAUCGAUCUCAGCAUGUGAAAACGCCGAGUUACGCAAAGAAUGCGAAGAUCUUCGUUCGACGGCCGAAACGAUCGAAAAAGACAACGUAAAAUUACGCGCCGAUAUCCUCAAUUUAGAACGCACGUUGUCCGACGUUGAGGCGAAAAAUCAAAGCUUAAAAAUCGAACUGGGCAAUGCUCGGUGCGAAUUCGCUAUUUGCGAGAGGAAAGCGGCGAAAGAAAUAAUUUUAAAUAAUUGUUUACGUGACGAGAAUACUGAGUUAAAUGAAAAGCUUAACGCUCAUAUUAAAGCGGCAGAUGAAUUCCGUCAAGCUAUAAAGAAACUAAAAGAACAGUUAACGGUAGUUGAAAAAAAUUUAGCAGAAGCCAACGCGAAUAUAAUAACUUUACAAGAAAAUAAACGGGAUUUAAUCAGUAAGCUGCAAAACGAAAGCGAAGAAAAAACAAUUUUAAGUAAAGAUUUAAACGAAGAAAAGGAGAAGCGAACGGAAAUCGAAAAAAAGCUCCAACAAUUAAAAAACGUUGUUGAAAACUUAUCUAAAUUAAGGUCGAAAUUGACUGAUGAUAAUGUUAAUUUACGCGCGACUUUGAUGAAUUUGGAACGAGAUUUAGCCCAUGAAAGGGCGCAAAAAUGGUGGAAACAGGCUGCGACGACGAUUGUUGAUUCUUUACAAAACGCAGCGACGAUUAUGUUGCCCGCUUUCCCCAAAGGCAAUCGAAAUAAAACUACAUCCACCACUGAUUUACCACCUCGAGGAGUUAUCCCGGCGAAAAAACGAAGAGAUUAAGUAUCAUUAUUAUCUUUUAUUACUAAAUGUACACUUUAUACACGUAUUUAUUGUGGGUAACAGUCAAAGAAAACACGUUUGUACUUGUAUCAUUUUACUUUUAUUAUUGUUAACCUUAAGGUAUCUAUUUAUCUUGAAACGACGAAAUAAAUAUUUUCUUAUAAUAUA